UUCUUUCUUUUUUUUGUACAUUCACUCCUGUUUACGGCAAGUGGAUGAUGCGAACGCAGAGGCAACGUGCAUGCGAUCCACCUAACGGAAUCUUUUUCUCUCCUCGACCUGAUACAGAGCACCACACGGCCACACCAGCCUCUGCUCCAUGCUGCACAAGAAUAUUUAAUUUUCAAGUACUAUAUAGGUUGAAACUUAACUAUACAAUAUAGUACUACGCGCUUCCGUUCACAUUGCAUUUUUUUUUGUUUGAUCCAAGCUUGGUCUGACCGGUCAGCGUAUUGUAUGAAAGUGCACGAACUUGCAGUGGCAUUAUAAUCAACACAUGAUACUCGUGUGUGUUAACGAAAACGCUGUAUACUGAAAAUGGAAUCAUAAUCAACACAUGGUACGUGUGAAGGCAAUUUGACACAUAUUUGCAGUUGACGCAAACUAAGUAUGCAAGUCGGAUGUGGCUACCAACCGUUGCACACGCCAUCUCGGCUCUAUAUAUACCGGCCAAAAGGCGGUUCUCAGUUCUCACCAGUACACAGCUCAGUUUGGAACUAGCUUGGAAGUCGAGAUAUACAUACAUAUCCUCUGUUGCCUAUUGCAACUUCUAGUAGUUCGGAAAAUUUCUGCAGAUUGAGAUAUGGGUUUUGAUCGUGCCAACACGGCUAACUGUGUCGCCACUGGCCGCGGACGCACCGUCUGUGUGACUGGCGCCGGUGGUUUCAUCGCGUCUUGGCUCGUGAAGCUCCUCCUAGAGAAGGGGUACGCCGUCCACGGCACGGUCCGGAACCCCGAUGACGUGACAAGGAAUGCGCACCUGAGAGCCUUGGAAGGGGCGGCGGAGCGGCUGACCCUCUUCCGGGUGGACCUGCUGGACAAGGAGAGCCUCGUCGCUGCAUUCCAAGGAUGCGAAGGGGUCUUCCAUACCGCAUGCCCCGUCACCGACGACCCGGAAAAAAUGAUCGAGCCGGCGGUGAACGGGACGAGAAACGUGAUCAACGCUGUGGCGGAGGUGGGCGGCAUCCGGCGUGUGGUAAUGACGUCGUCGAUCGGCUCCGUGUACAUGGAUCCUCGCCGCAGCCUUGAUGGGGAGGCCAACGAGACAUGUUGGAGCGACCUCGAGUUCUGCAAGGACACAAAGAACUGGUACUGCUAUGCAAAGACGGUAGCGGAGCAGGCCGCAUGGGAGCUUGCCAAGGAGAGGAAGCUCGACCUCGUGGUGAUCAACCCGUCUCUAGUGUUGGGACCUCUGCUACAGUCGGCGGUGAACGCCAGCACGUGGCAUAUCGCCAAGUACCUUGACGGCUCGGUGCAGACGUACACCAAUGCGGCACAGGCAUACGUGCAUGUCCGUGACGUCGCGGACGCGCACGCGCGUGCGUACGAAAUACCUAACGCGCAUGGCCGAUACCUCUGCGCGGGGCGCACGUUGCACCGCGCCGAGGUGUGCCGUAUCCUCGCCAAGUUCUUCCCGGAGUACCCCGUGCCCACGAGGUGCAAGGAAGGGGCGGGCGAGAUGAAGAAGGGGUACCGGUUCAGUAGCCGGAGGAUCAUGGAGCUUGGUGUCGGCAUCACGCCGGCGAGCCAGUGUCUCUACGACACCGUCACGAGCCUUCAGGACAAGGGCAUCUUACCCCGUCGCGACGUUGAUAUGUCCUGACAACUCCAUGGCCAUGGGCACCUUGGUCAAGUCAGAUGCGUGCCCCCAAGUCGUGGCAUUGUAUUCUCCAUUUCCUCCUCAUUUGUUCACCCAUUAAUUUAAGUGAUUUUUAUUGAAAAAAUAUGUCCAAAUCUUUACUUGUCGCCAUUAAAAUCUCAGACCGAGUAGCCGAAACUUAUGAGUCUUUGGCGAGAUGCACACCAUGUUCAUUGGCAGCGUUCUCAAGAU